UUUCAUUGGAAUAAUAAUCAAGCAACGAUUUUUCCAGUUGUAAUGUAUUACAAACAGAACAGCGAACUGAAGCAUCGAAGUUUAGUCAUAAUUUCUGAUGGCAAUAAUCAUGACGCAAUUGCUGUGCAUGUGUAUCUUAAAAUUAUUAACGAUUUUCUAAAAGAAUCGUUUUCCAAUGCAACUAAAAUUGUUUACUUCUCUGAUGGUGCUCCGCAACAAUUUAAAAACUUCAAGAACUUCGUAAAUAUUUAUUACCACAAAAAGGAUUUCAACUUAGAUGCUGAAUGGCAUUAUUUUGCUACAGCACACGGUAAAGGACCGUGUGAUGGAAUUGGAGGAACAGUGAAAAGAAUUGCGGCGAGAGUAAGUCUUCAACGGCCAAUUCAUGAGCAAAUAACAACAGCUCACGAACUAUUUGAAUGGGCAUCUAAACCAAGCAGUCUGCCGAAUAUU